CUUUUGUGCACUUUCUUUUCUUUCUUUCCCUGUCCACGUUAAUUCAAAUUGCAUAUCUCGAGCAGCGAUGUUGCCGCACUUGGUGUUUUUCUCUCCGCGGCCAAUGCUACCUUGCUAAAUAGCACGGCUUGCGUGGAUGUGCAUUUCAUGUUUGCACGCGGAACGACUGAGUUGUACCCUGGGACACCGUAUACCCUGGCUGAGGUUGUGGCCGAGAAGAUUAACCUGAGCAGCAACUACGAAAGCAUUAUCUACCCCGCGGUCAGCGAAGAUACCUCGGACGGCUACUUUCUUGGACGGGCGGCUGUUGGCCGUCAGGUCACAGCCUAUGCGGAAGCCUGCCCUGGUAGUCAAGUCGUGCUACUUUCGUACUCGCAGGGUGCCAUGAUUGUCGGUGAUGCCAUGGCCGGCGGUGGUAGCAACGCUACUCUGGGAGACCCGACACCCCCGCUCAUUUCCGAAGAGGUUUCGAAGCAUAUUACUGCUGAUGUCUUCUACGGCAACCCAAGACAUGUGUCCACCGAGCCGUACGAUUUCGGAACUUGUAGGGGAGGAUGGAGUGCAUUCGGUUUUGAUAUCCUCAGAGUAGCUCUGUGGGUUAGGAUGACUGACAACCAUCAGGGUCACCGCAUUAAAGCCCCUUCAGGGUCAUCCUGUUGAACGUGACAUUGAUUGUAACUAUUGUACUAACUUUGUGCUAACAGCAUAAACGGUCCCCGGCAGAGAUUCCAUCUGGUCCAGCAAAAUGGCGCAUAAGAGAUAUGAAAUAACUCAUACCAAACAAUUGCAGCGCUAGGGUCGCCGGUUUAGAGGC